AUGGGAUCUGCACCGCCUUUAAACAUCAUAGGCAUCAACUUAGAAAAUCCAGAAAUCAACUUGAGACGCUUCUGUGCUGGCGUCUCCUCAACUUGCACUACCGGUUGUGGUAUCGACUGCGAAAACUGUUCAAAUCCCAUGGAGAAAACCACCUCAAUAUGUUGUGCUCAAAACGCAAGUGAGAAGGAUGAUAGAGGAGGUUGGUUGUAUUUGGAGGAUCGCAAUAGUGGACUUCCUGAUGUUAUACUCGUUUCAAUCUUGUCACUAUUGACAAUGAAAGAAGCUGGAAGAAGUAGUCUGCUUUCUAAGAGAUGGAGGUACACGUUGACUUACAUUACUGCUUUGAACUUUGAUGCCUCACAUAUUAUAUAUGGACUAGAACUGGAAGAUAAGAAACUUGAAGUAGAAAGGCCUUUGUAUUUGAGUUGGGUUAAUCAAGUCUUGAACUCGUACAAUGGUCCAAGUACAGAUCGAUUCAGAGUUCAAUUUGAUCUCAAUGGAACUAGUAGAUUUGAUCUCGACAACUGGGUUAUCGAACAGAGAGUAAAAAGGCUUGAUUUAGACUUAAUCAAUUCAGAGUUCAACUGGUUUAACUUUGCUACUAAUCGUUCUAGCAUGAGAGCUAAUGGUAUCGAGUUUGCUAAAUUUCCAGUCUUUGAUAAGCUCAAGCAACUGGAGUUGAAAAUUUGUGUUACAAGUGAACAUCAAAGUCUUCUUGUUUUUGCUCUCCUGAUAGAGGCGUGCCCUUUCUUGAAUAAAUUUGUGUUACAGAUUUGUAGUUUGCAGUUGCAGAGAGAGGGCAAGUUCAAAGUUGAGAACAAGAAUAGAGAUGAAGACAAUUGGGGAGGCUGA